GUGAGCUGCUUCGACGCUGCAUCUUUUUGAGCCACGGAUUUUCCAGUUCACUGCUGAGCUGCUUCGCCUUACGACGCUUGGCUGGAGGCGCGCACGGACCGAUGGCCUUCAGCGAUCGGCUGCGGCAGGCCGUGGACGACUAUGUGGCUGCAGAUGUGGUGACCGAUGAGCUCCGUGAGGCCACCUUGCAGAAGGUGCUGACGGCAUUGAAUGCCAAAGAGAUCGAGCUUUUGGACAUCGUGGUUCAUUUGGAGAAGGUCAUGUGUGAUGCCAGCAACCCGACUGGCAGAAGGCAUGCCAUCCAAUUUCUGGCCUUUUGCUUGCGAGAUAUUGUGGAGCUCAAGCUGAACUUCAAACAUGUGGAAGUCUUUGCCAAAUUCUUCCAGAACAAGCUCAGUGACUGGCAAUGUGUGGAGGGUGCCGUCGCUGGCAUCUUGGUGCUCUUCCAGCGACAGGCGGCGCUGAUCCGAACGCUGAAAGUCGACACCGAGGAGGGCGAGGGCGAGCCCAUGGCAUUGCACUUGGCUCGGACGAUGCUCAAGGAGGUCAAUGUGCCUUCCCACACGCAGGGCGUUCGCAAGUCUGUCUUAGACACCCUCCUGCUGCUGAGCAACGAGUGGCGGGAGGAGCUCACCAUGCUCGGCCCCGAGCUGGGCGAUGGCAUCAGCGCCGCCAUCGAGGAGGAAAGGGACCCCCGGAAUUUGCUCAUCAGCUUCACCUUAGUGAAGAAGGUGUUGGGAGACUUUCCGGCGGCCUGUGCCUCCCGAGAGACGGUGCAGUCCCUCUUUGAGACGCUCUCCUCCUACUUCCCCAUCACGUUCCAACCACCCAAAGGGGACAAGGUGGGAAUCACUGGUGAUGACUUGAGACAGGCCUUGUCGCAGGCGUUUUGCUCCUCCCAGCGGCUGGCAGAAUUAGUGAUUCCGUUCCUCCUUGAUGCCAGUAAAGACAUCGAGGCCGAUGUGGACGCGACGGUGGCACAAGCGAUGCAGACCUUGUGCUUUUGUCUUCAGAACUUUGGCGCUACUGCGGCGCAGAAGCAUUUGAAGCACAUCCUAGAGACGUGUCGCGACCAGGUGUGUCGAACCAAGACCACCUGUGGCGCCGAGUUUUGCAAAGCAGUCACGGAGUCCCUGAAGGUGUCGCUCCAAGGAGUACCUGCUGGCUUGCACCCGCAUUGGCUCGCCAAGGAUGUCGUUCCUCAACUCCAAGAGAUGGCGGACGACGCCUCGAAAGGCCGGAUGUCCUUGGCCUCUGAGGGUGCCCGGCAGCUCUUGCUGAGUGCCGCUGCAGCACAUCCGAUUGUCUACGAGUCUGUCUGGUCAGCCGUGAUGAAAGCCUUCUUGGAGGGGAAGGAGGGUGAGGAAGCCUUCUUCAGCAUCGAUGCUUUGGAAUUCAUGGUUGAGCUGCUGCAGAGGCAGCAGGGGGUCUUCACUGCCAAGCAGUUGCAGCCCGCCCUCAAGGGCGCACUGGAGACGAUGAGGACUAUCCUGCCCCAAAGUGAAGAGCAACUGCAUCCGCUGGUGGCAUCGGUGGAACUGGUGAAGCGCUUGGCGCGGCUGUCAGUGGCCUCCGAAGCGCUUCAGGCCUGGCAGAUGGCACUCCUCGGCGCUGCAGGCGGCCCAUGGUCCUCUUGGGCCACUGCGUGGCAAGAGCACCUGUCCUCCAAACCCGCCAGCGACCCUUGCGUCACCGCUCUGGUGCAAGCGGUGUGCGAGAUCAUGCCCCGGGAGAUUGACCAAGCGUUCUCGUUGGCUGAGCGGCUUCUAAAGGUGUCUUCCACUUCGGCUGAGUGGCUGCCUUUGGCCAUGCCACAACUUUUGGCACACACUGCUUUGAGCUUGGCCAGAGCUGAGCUCAAGGGCGAAGGCCGUGAGAACCGCCAGAACCUGGGCCAAGCCUUGCUGUUAAGAGCCUCAGAGAUUUUCCGGCAGCACGGUGCCAGUGGGCACUUCGAGAUCCUCGCGUCCCUCGCCGAUGCCCUGGACCUCCCCACGGACGAGGGCACUCGUUGGGUCGCCGCGCAGAUCGCCACGGCCUUGGGUCUGCCGAGCAGCGUUCCCGAGAUCGCCGAGGGCCUGACCACCGACUUCGAUGGAGGCCUGAAGUCGCCGAGUGUGGACACCGUGCUGCACCGGGCCCAGGCCGCCCGUCGCUUCCUGCGCAUGCUGUGCCGACACCUGCCAGAGGAUCAGGCGCGGGGGGUGCAGCGGAGGCUCUUGGAAUCCAUCGCCUUAAGCUCCUUCAACGUUCUGGCCAACUGCACUGCGCUCCUGCCGGGCAUUUUGCCGGAGGCCUGCGCGAAGAGCUGGAAUUUCUGCCAGAGGACCAUGCCAGCGGUCUGCCGCUGCGCCAGCGACGCCGACCCCGACCUGGCAGAGUCGACUUGUGCCGAGGCCAUCGCCUUGGAGGCUUUGGAAGCAUUGGUGGAGAAUGCCCCAGUGGACGAGGUGCCCAUGCUGUUGGAGAACUUCCGGGAUACCUUCGGCCAGCUGCUCAGAGGCAGCGCUGCUUCGGCACGCCAGGGCCGCGGCGCUGCGCUAUGCUGGGCUUCUGCAACCAGCGCCUUGCUGCGGCGCAGCGGCGCACAGCAGCAGGCGGCGGCCUUCCUGGAAGCCUUGCUGAAUGCCCUGGACCAAGAAGCGCCGGUGGGACCCUUUGUGCCCUUGGCCUUUCGCGUCCUGGCGCCUGUGAAGGUGGAGGCAGCGAAAGGUGCGCGGGCCAAGUUGCCGCCCUUGGCACUGCAGCAGCUCUCUCGGACCGUCUUGCCGUCGCUGCUGUCCAGAGCGAAGGCCUUGGAAAGCCAACCCUGGGCCAGACGUGCAGCCCUUGAGAGCGCUGUGGCCCUACUGGCUGGUCUCUCCCCCGAGGUUGCAUCUACGGAUUGUAGUGAAGAACUUCGCUUUUGUACCUUGACCUCGCUGAAGCGGCUCAAGGAGGAAGCGGAGGCCUCUGUCUUUGGAGCGCAAGUCUUGCAGCUAUUGGUGCGAGCUAUUCAGAAGAAGCAGCCUUGGGUGGAGGAUGAUCUUCAUUCGGUCGUCCUUCCCAUUUGUGAUCUUUGCAGUAGCCACCGCACACCGCUGGUGCGACUUGGUUGCUUCCAAGUUCUCAUCGCGUUGAUCCAACAGGCCUUUGGGCAUUUGGCCCCAUACAAGAAGCAGAUCGAGGCGGGCUGCAAACGUGGAGUUGAGGACCGCUGUCGAGAAGUGCGUCUCCUGGCUGUGGCCGCGCUGAACGCCUGGCAUUGUGUUGGUUCGCAAUGAUGGCGCCUUCAGACCCAACCUCCACGUCCUCCACGUCUCAAAACCCUUUAUGUCGCUGCAGCGACCAAAAA